GUAGCACACACACCCCCAACCAAACAUUAUUAACAUCUUCGCAAAUUUAAGUUUAGGGUUUGUUUGUUUUGUUUACGCUUCUGGGUUUCGCUUGUUUUCUGGAAUGGAAGUGGAGAGCUGUGGUUUUGGUGAUUCAGGCACCAAAAACGGUGGUUUGAGCGGCGGUGUUAGAGCUGAGAUCGAUACUUCGGCGCCUUUUGAGUCGGUGAAGGAGGCUGCUUCUCGAUUCGGUGGAAUCGGUUUCUGGAAACCCUCUCAGCAUAAGCUCGUCUCUGAAACCGAGCACGAUGUGGAAGUGGUUGACAUUGCGAAAUUGGAGGAGCAAGCUGUGCAAUUGGAGAAAGAUCUCAUUGUUAAGGAAAGAGAAACGUUGGAUGUGCUAAAAGAACUCGAAACAACGAAACUAACCGUUGAAGAACUAAAAUUAAAGCUGCAGAAAGAAGCUUCCGAAGUAAAUGUGAGCCUUGAGAAGAACAAGGAUGAAAUGAAAGAAGCCGAGAAAGAAAAUCAUCAAGUUGGCCAUCCAAACUUGGGAGGAAAUUUGAGCCCACAUCCACAGUCGGCUCCCGGUUUAAUCUUAAUGGAGUUGAAGCAGGCCAAACUGAACCUUUCCAGGACAACUAAUGAUCUGGCAGACAUUCGAGGUUCAGUGGGCUCACUUAACAAUAAAUUAGAGAAGGAAAGAAUUUCUCUUAAGAAGACUCGAGAGAGGCUAAGUCAGAAUUCCUCAAAGAUAUCAUCCCUUGAGGAAGAGUUAAGUCAAACGAGAAUUAAACUUCAAGUAGUGAAAGAUGCUGAAAUCAAAAGCUGUGCUGAUAAUCCUUUGGAUAUAUCAAGGGAACUUCAAAGACUGAGUUCGGAGGCUGAGCAAUUCAAGAAAUUAGGACAAGCGACAAGAUCAGAGGUUUCGAGAGCUGUUUCUGAUAUUGAACAGACUAAAAUGAGAAUCAAAACGACCGAGAUGAGGCUACUUGCAGCCAAGAAAAUGAAGGAAGCUGCUAGAGCUGCAGAAGCUGUGGCUCUUGCAGAGAUCAAAACUCUUUUGUGCAAGGAGAGUUUGAUGGGCAUUCCUGUGCAAAAGGCAGAAGGGGUGACUAUUUCAUUUGAAGAGUACAAUGCCUUAAUGUGCAAGGCUCAAAAUGUUGAGGAACUUUCUAAUAGGAAAGUGGUAGAUGCUAUGCUCCAAGUUGAUGAAGCCAAUGUUUCGAAAAUGGAUAUCUUGAAGAAAGUAGAGGAGGCCACCGAGGAAAUCAAAACUAGUAAGAAGGCCUUGGAAGAAGCAUUGAACAGAGUAGAGGCUGCAAACAAGGGCAAGCUGGUGGUUGAGGAGGCUCUCCGGAAGUGGAGAUCCGAGGGUCAAAAACGCCGUUCUGUUCACAACUCUACCAAGUUCAAGAAUUCAUACCCAUCUCAGAAUCGAAAAGAUUCUCGUUUAUUUGAUGUGAAUGGAUUGAAUCUGGUUAGCAACGAUCCAACCCCAGUUUUGAAGCCAACCCUAUCAAUAGGGCAAAUACUUAGCCGAAAGCUGCUUCUGCCUGGGGACUUUGAGGAUGAGAUGUUGGCAGAGAAAGGUACUAUGAAAAGAAAGGUGUCAUUAGGUCAAAUGCUUGGCAAACAAAAUGCCGAUUUGAUCAACGAUUCUCAGAAGACCGAGAAAGAAAACAGUCACAAGCAGUUCUCAGGAAAGAGGAAGAAGUUUGGAUUUGCUCGGUUUUCUCUGCUUUUGGCGAAACAGAACAAGAAAAAGAAGAAGCCAACUCUCAACUUGAGGUAGUGCUGUGAUGGGGUUCCUUUGUUCUAAGUAACUCUUAAUUUCUUGUCUUGUUGACCACAUUUCUCUUCAAGCUGCCUACAUUAUGUUAUGUAUGUUAGGUUCUUUUCAUCUUUUAUCUCUAUGGUGCUUGUAAAGAUGCUAGGGAUAUUUAUAUCCUGUUUGAAUAUCAUCUAUUACAUGUUUGAUGUCAUGACAAC